UUGCAAUCUCGACUCGUCCUCGUCGUCGCUGCAACUCGGUGCAUAACCAAAAACACAGGUCGCCUGUGCUACCCCUUCCUCGCCCUCGUGCAUUGCCCGCCUGUAUCUAGCCCACAAUGGACUACCUCGAGGGUCUCGCCAAGCAGGCGUCCCAGAUCACAAUGUACGAUGUCAAGUCGUACUACAAUGCGGCCAAGAACGCCGUCCUCAACAUCCCCGAGAUGGAGGCCAAGGUCCGCGAAGCAACCAACGAGGACCCCUGGGGCGCGUCGUCGACUCUGAUGCAGGAGAUUGCUGCGGGAACGAACAACUUCCAGCAGUUUAACGAGAUCAUGCCGACCAUCUACUCGCGUUUCAUGGAGAAGGAAGCGCGCGAGUGGCGCCAGAUCUACAAGGCCCUCACGCUCCUCGAGUACCUGAUCAAGCACGGCUCUGAGCGCGUUGUUGAUGACGCCCGCGCCCACAUCUCGACCAUCAAGAUGCUGCGCAACUUCCACUACAUUGACGAGAAGGGCAAGGACCAGGGCAUCAAUGUCCGCAACCGUGCCAACGAGAUCGCGGCCAUGCUCAGCGACGUGGACAAGAUUCGCCAGGAGCGCCGCAAGGCCAAGCAGAACCGCAACAAGUACCAGGGCCACGAGGGCGGCGCGUUCAACACGUCGACCGGAAGCCGGUACGGCGGCUUUGGCAGCGACUCGUACCGCGGUGGAGGUGGAAGCAGCAGCGGGUUUGGCGGAGGAAGCAGCGGCGGCGGCGGUGGUGGUGGUGGCUACGGCCGUGAGGACGAUGAAUACCGGGGCAGUGGUGGGCGCUCAUCUUCAGGUUUCCGUGACUCGUCAAACCGCCGUCAGUCGUACGACGAGUAUGAAGGUGCCGACGACUUUGAGGAGCAGCCACCCAGGCGUACUUCGUCUGCCAAUGCCGCCCGCGCUGGCGGUAGCAGCAGCGGUGCUGGCCGCGCCCCAGCCGCUCCUCCCAAGCCACCAAAGGAGCAGCCCAAGGCCAAGGAGGUCAACCUGUUCGACUUUGACGACGAGCCUGUCGCUGCUGCCCUGGCCCCAGCACGUGCUGCCGCCGCUGCUGCUGCGCCAGUAGACGCGUUCGGCGACGACGACUUUGACGACUUCCAGCAGGCGCCCGCGAGCCCGGCCGCUACGUCGCCGGCUGCUGCUGCUCCUUCUGGAGGCAACGCCAACCUCUUUGCGCUGCUCGAGUCGAACAAGCCUGCCGCGGCUGCCGCGACGCCUUCGUACGGUGCCCCUGCUCCGUCGUUCACCGCCGCCGCUCCGGCCCCCGCCCCUACCUUUGGAGCGCCAUCGUUCCAGGCGCCGUCGUACCAGGCUGCCCGGCCGGCUGCCUCGCCCACAAAGCCCGUCGCUCCUGCCGCGCCUGCACCCAAGACUGGCGCGUCGGCGUUUGACGACCUAUGGACGACGUCGCUGGGCGGACCUGCCCUCGCGCCGGCCAAGGCGGCUGGUAACAAGACGAUUGCGCAGAUGGAGAAGGAGAAGGCCCAGUCGUCGCUCUGGGGUGCGCCUGCCGCCGCUGCCGCUCCCUCGGGCGGCGCUGCUGCUGCCGCCAAGCCUUCGUCUGACCUCGACGACCUCCUCCUCUAA